AUGUCUCCCCCGGAUCAAUCACAGGACCAAAAAAUGGCACAAGAGCGAGUCCAGGUCCUUCGAGACCUCUUGGACAUUGCUCGCGUUGCCAAUGGACCACAACCACCUCCAGUGAUACCCCCGCCCAACGUCGAGCCUCUAACUGAGUCUCAUGCCGGUAACAGCAUGGAAAAUACCUCUGAAAGUUCAUUCAACACCCCAGAAUCCUCAUCAAAUCAAUUUCCCCCCAUAUCAUCUCCCAAAAACAAAGCUUUGACAGCCAGAGAUGUCAACGCCAUCCAAUACACCAAGUCGCAACUCGAUGAAGGAGACACUCUAGUCUUCAUCCGAUUCCCCAAUGGCAAGCCCGUUUAUGAUGCCACUGGCUUCCGAUUAAGCGAUGUACAUAGAGUCCAUAGCGAUAAGCUCAAGGCCGCCUCACCGAUAUUCAAGAAGAAUCUCGAGGAUGAUUGGCAACAACACCGCUGGAGACGUCGCAACAAGCUACUGAGUGGCCUACCAGAUGGAAUUCAAUACAUUCUCGACCUUACACCUCCAGAAGAAGGCGACGAUGCCCUUGCACUUACCGCCGAACUCUCCUGCUCCCUUGGCAUGCGCAGAUGGUACAAGGCAGAACACAGUGGUGUCGCAGCAGCACAUAGACUAGUCGGAGGCAAGGACGAAACUACAGUCCAUCCAUCAUAUGAGGAGAAGAACAAGACUUCCGAUCCAGCAUCUCCGGAGGACGUGCAGGAGAUCAUCGACAUAGCUGGCGCAGCUGCAACUGCAGCCACAGUAGCUGAAAUCAACGGCGUAGGCCACUCUGACCUUGCCUUCAAGAUGGCGAUGAAGGAGAGUAAGAGAUUUGCGAAAGAGAGGGCUAAGCAGAAAAGCGAGUAUACGCGGGACUACAGUGAGAAGAAGGAGGUCGUCUGUCUUGAUUACUGCCCGAUCCGACAUCGCACUGGCAUCGAACGUCUGCUCCAGAUUAUUGAAGGCAAAGAUCCAAGACUCGAUUCGGCGCCCAAGGUCUGGACUCUUGCUGUUCUGGCGAAGCACUUCGAGUGCCAUAGUGCCGUGGUUGAUUACAUCGUCACUUGGAUGAUUGCUGAGCCCAACUGCAAGAUCUUCGAGAUUCUCCCUGAAGAUUGUCUUCGUAUCGGUCUACUUCUCCAGAAUGAGGUUGCUACUCGAUACGCUUUUACCAUCUUGGUUUCCGAGGAGGCGUUCCGAAUUGGCACGGGUAGAACUGCGGCCGCGAAUCAGCCAAACACAAACUAUCCCGCUGGUAAGCAGGUCACAAAAUUCGGGCGAGCUCGCGAGUCAUUGGACGAGGAUACUCUCAACUUGAUCCAACAUGCUGGCCGCAAUUUCCACGCCCGUAUUGAGCAGGAGAUGGAGCUUCUUCUGAGCUCAAAUAUGAAUUGGCUUUUCGGUCUGCAAGAAUUCGGCAAGAUCAUGAAAUUCAAACAUUUUCUAGAAGCCACCCCAAAUGAUGCCAGAGCGAAGAACGUGAAGAAGGUCAUCGAUGAUCUCACAAACUACAUUCGCGGCCGACUUAUUUGGUGUUUCUACCAACCACUCGACGAAUCCGAACGAAAGAGCUGGAACGAUCACCGCGGCCAAGAACGGCACGAAACCAGUGGCGAUCCAACGGAUGGUAUCUAUAACACCCUAUCCGAGCACGAGAAGCUGGUGACAAGAUUCUUCUGGGGUUGUGUGAGACUCUUGAAAUGGCACCCAGACCAUUCCCGCUGCGCCACCAACCUCAUUCAUGACUCCGUGUAUCCCAAGACUCCUGAAAUUAAUGCGGCUGAAGAAAGGACUGCUGCUGCUGCAGAAGUGCAUGGGAUCCCAAAGGUCUACAUGAGUGAACUUCGGUAUUCUGUCGAGGCGAUGAACAAGCACAUCCUGAAAUCGAUUCAACACGAGAAUUUCAACAAAGGGGAGAUCCCAGAGCAAGCGUACAAGAUCGAGCGCGUCUACAAUGAGCAGGGCACAGCUUCAGUGGUCAAGAAUGAGCAUCAAGAAGCACAGAAGAAUUAUUUCUGGAAAUUGAAAUUCGGCCCUGAGGUGUUGGGUGCAGAGCCGUCACCUUUCAACCCCAUGGACACGACAUUAGAAAGGCCCGCUUUCUGGAUAGAAGCUCUCAAGGCUCGAGAUGAAGCCAUCAAAACCGAGCCCAGUUCAAGCACUACCGCAACCUCCCCACAAGCCAAAUGCGAGCAUCGAGUUUCAUGGCUGGAUGAAGUCGACGAAAUGGAGGGAGAUACAUCAAGCAAAUCCCCACGAGAUUUCUAUAGAGCGCGCUCCGCCAACUGGGACCGCCUAGAAGAGAUCUGGAGAGACACUCACUCCAGCAACAUCGCCCCAGCAGUCAUGCCCCCGGCAGCCACCUUUCCAGACCCAAUCCCCAACCCAAACCUCUCCAGGACCUUCCCCCGACCAGAAGCCACUCCCAGCGAACCUCCAACCUCAACCUGGAAAUACAGAUACGAGCACGACACCAGCUCCACCCCACAAGUCCCCAUCAACGCCUACAUCGGCCCCACCUCCCCCUUCUUCAACCUCCACGCGCUCUUCGACCAAAUCGGAUGGAAAAUCCAAUCCCUCUGCAACAACAUGCUCUCUCGCGGCGAGAUCCAGAACCUCCGACCCCCAAACUGCGACAUCGCCGACACGUUACUCUGUCUGACAGACGAAGAAUACAAAUACCUCCCCCUCUGGGCAAACGGCCUGAACGACGGAACAGGCGGUGUCUUCGAAGAAGUUAUCCCGCCAGCGGAACGAGGCGGUGCGGUUGGUCCUGGACCAGCGUAUCAUACUGGCUCAACGGUUAAUUCCUCCCGGGCGUCGACGGAGAUUGAUUUCGAUGGGAGGAGUUCGGUAUUUGGUGGAAGUGGCAUGGGGGAUAGUGAGAUGAGUGGGAUGGGAGGCAGUGGUGUGAACACCAGUGUGGGCGUUGAGGAUGGGUGGAGUGUUGAUCAUAUUGAUCGGAGGAGGGUCUUCUCUGAGAGUGACUUCCCAACGCCGGGGACAAGUGAGGAUGGGGAUAGUGUGGUUUGGGUUGGACGAGAUGAGGAUGAGGAAGGAGAUGCCGAAAUGACGAUGAAUCUACCGAUCCGUGAGAAAGGCAAGGGGAUUGUUUUGGACGACAAUGACGAGUAUAGACCCGCUUUUAUCACGAAUGAGCAAGAACAAGCUGCUCUUCUUUCGUCGUACUCUGAUCUGGGAAGGCAGAGCGGUGAUACUUCAGAAGGGAAAGGUAAGGGCAAGGAGAAGGUCGGUGAUACAGAUAUGGCAGAUGUGCAGAGCUCGUCUCAAGCUCAGAAACAGGCUGUGAGAGCUGUCAGCAUAGACGACGACGAGAAUUUCUUCAACACUCCUGAUGGAGACGAGGAAUUUGAAUUUGAAAGCGAUGACGAGGGGGAGGAGACGGAAACCGAGGAUGAUUUUGAGCAUAUUGGUUGA